UCAGCUGUCGCCACAAAUGGCGUCAGGAGCUUCCUGCGUCUUUCCUUCUGAUCUGACAGAGCAUUAUUUCCAAGACUAGCGGAGGUAAUUAUUCCGUAAUUAUUCGCGUACGUGAUUUUGCUAAAUGUUGCGAUUUUGUCGUUUUGUUAAUAAAGUGUUUAUUGAAAGAUGUAUAGGAGAUACAAUCGGAGACCAAAACACCAAUGUUAUUAAUCUUAUAGAAAAUUGUGCAUCUUAUAUAGAAAAUCGAGUUUAUUUAUGAAAAAGUCUUGGAAUCUUUCUUUUUGUCGCAAUGACCCGACCUGCUGAUUUCGAGAAACUCGCGCGAUAACAGAGGCCAGAUACGUGCGAUAAUUUGAAAUAGAUUAAAUGAAGUAAAAUGUGAAGUGAGACUUCCCAAAGCUUUGAUCUCAGUGUACGAAUGGACUCUAUGCCAACGCACAUCGAGGAAACGAACUAUAAUUGAUAGCAUGGAUUGAAGAGUAACAUGAUGUGGCUCAGAUUGAGACCUCGUCGUCUGUCGACGAUUAUUUUCACGAUUGUUAUAUUCGUGAGCGUAUUUUUUAUUUGGUCCAUAAGUCAAGGCAGAAGCAGAACCGACGGACAAGAUGACUUCAUCUUAUUACGAUCACAUGAAAAUCAAAAAGAUUACAUAGAUCGUCGAGGAAUUCAUGUAGUAGUCGGUCAUUACAUAGGAGAUUCUAUAGAUUCCUUGAAAACUCCGAACAUUACGAAAGAAAUUGUAAAUAAAAAUUUAUUUGAUCCAAAACCAUUUGAAGGUAAAAAUGGAGAACCUGUAAUAAUACAUCCGAAGGAUUUUUAUAAGAUGCAGCAAUUAUACCAGAUUAAUCGCUUUAAUUUAAUGGCUAGUGAUAGGAUACCAUUAAAUCGAUCUCUGCCAGACGUUAGAAAAAAAAAAUGCAUUUCAAGAUAUGCAAACUUAGGCGAUCUGCCAAAAACAUCGAUUAUUAUAGUAUUUCAUAAUGAAGCUUGGAGUACUUUAUUACGGACAGUACAUAGCGUCAUUAACAGAUCGCCAAGAGAAUUGUUAGAAGAAAUUAUUCUUGUUGAUGAUAACAGUGAAAGAGAAUUCUUGAAAAAUGCCUUGGAUGAUUACAUAAAAACUUUAAGUGUUCCUACAAGAGUUUUGCGAUCCAAUGAACGGGUGGGAUUAAUUAAAGCGAGACUUUUGGGCGCAAACAAUGCUAAAGGCGAAGUUCUUACUUUUCUCGAUGCUCACUGUGAAUGUACGGUUGGAUGGUUGGAACCGUUGCUCGAAGCAGUUGGUAAAAACGCAACAAGAGUCGUUUCUCCAGUAAUUGACAUAAUAAAUGAUGAUACUUUCAGUUAUACAAGAUCGUUUGAGCUUCAUUGGGGUGCGUUCAACUGGGAUUUACAUUUUCGUUGGCUAACAUUGAACGGCCGUCUGUUGAAAGAAAGACGCGACAACAUAGUCGAACCUUUUCGAACGCCCGCAAUGGCGGGUGGAUUAUUUUCUAUGAACAAGGAUUACUUCUUCAAAUUGGGCAGUUACGACGACGAGAUGCGAAUCUGGGGCGGCGAGAAUUUGGAAUUGUCCUUUCGAACUUGGCAAUGCGGUGGCAGCAUCGAGAUCGCUCCCUGCUCCCAUGUUGGGCAUCUCUUUCGAAAGUCUUCCCCUUAUACUUUCCCGGGCGGGGUCGGUGAUAUUUUAUACGGUAACCUCGCCAGAGUCGCUUUAGUAUGGAUGGAUCAAUGGGCGGAGUUUUACUUCAAGUUCAAUCCGGAGGCAGCCAGAUUGAGAUACAAGCAGCAGAUUCGUUCAAGAUUAGCUCUACGCGAGAGACUGCAGUGCAAAAGUUUCGAAUGGUACUUGGAGAAUGUGUGGCCCGAACACUUCUUUCCUACGAAUGAUCGAUUCUUUGGCAAGAUAGUGCACGCUGCAACAAAGAAGUGCAUUAUGCGACCGACUGCGAAAGGUACAUAUACGCAACCUUCGGGGAAUGCGAUUCUGCACUCGUGCAUACCGCGACCGAUACUUGGCCAGAUGUUUGUGAUGACCAAAAACGGAGUGAUAAUGACGGACGAAAGUGUGUGUCUGGAUGCACCAGAACGAGAUACACAGCAGAAAACGCCGAAAGUGAAAAUAAUGGCGUGCAGCGGUCGGGAAAGGCAAAAAUGGCAAUACAAUGAACAAACGAAAGUAUUUUUACACGUGCCUUCUGAGAUGUGCCUUCAGGCAACAGCGGAGGAUGAUACGCUCGUAAUAGCGGCUUGUACUAAGAAUCCUGAUCAACAAUGGAUUUUGGAACCAGUUCUUUGGAAAUAAUAAUUAAUAGUGUUACUAUGUUAUUAAGAAAGAUGAUAGGAGAAGAUAGUGCGUUAAUGCACUAUCAGUAUGUCAGCGACAUACUUUUAAUGUGCACUUUUAUUGUGACACCUAGAUUUGCAUUCUGCACGACAGUAUACAUAUAUGGUUGUAAUUUUGAUGAAACAUUAAUAUUUUUGUACUUUUAUAUUUUUUGACGAAUUUACAGACAAUUAUUUUUGUUCCAUAACAACAUUUGAAAUGUGCAAUAAAAAUAUUAAUAAUGAGAUAUUA